UGGCUGGAGCCGUAGGUAACAGCCUCAUUGAGGGUGAUUGUAACAUCUUAAUUACUCUAGUUGUGAAAACUAAAGGAGGGAGGGGGAGAGAGGGGAGGACAAGAGGCUUUGAUCCUUGACGGAGGAUGUCUUUAAAGAAAAAGGGAGAGAAAAGGGGAAGGGGUUGCCCUGGGAAUAAAGAGGCGAAGCCGGUAAGCAGCAGGCCACUUCUAACUACUUCUCUCUCUCUCUGAGGACACUGGACAACACACACUGAGGAUUUACCUGCCCUUUUCUGGAUCCAACUUUCCAUUCGUUUGAAUUCACCCAGAGAAAAUCCAAGGGGUUCUAAUAGUUUGUGGUUCUCAUCUGAAACAGUGUUUUGGAGGGAUAUCUAGAGUUGUAGACUGUAUCUACGAGAAGCACUUUGUGACAAUGAGGGGACACUUCUCUAUCGAGUGGAUGGCCAAGAGCAGCCUGUCUGCAGAACCAGGGAGCCCGUCGGUCUCAACCACCACCACCCCAGGAUUCAGCACCUCAGGAACGCACUCCGAGACCCUGCCUGGCUUCUACUACAGACCCAGGCCUGGGACGGAGGCCAGCAGCGGCCCUGCCGUUACCCAUGACUUCCCCUCCAACCCUUCCUUCCCCCCCAAAGAGGCCGGUGUUUCCAACCAGGAAAUCCCUCGCAAGAGCAACAACCAACAAGUGGCGGAAACGGAGACCGGUUUCAGCAGUGGCACGGAGGAGGAGACCUCCGGAUACGAGAGCGAAGGAGGUCGCUCCCUCUCCUCCUCCACCUCCUCUUCCCCGGUGGCUCUCCCCCACAGCCGGGCCCUCCCCCCUCCUCCCUCCCCUCAGUCCAGGAGGCCCCGCACAGCCUUCACGGCGGAGCAGGUCCACAGCCUGGAGCGGGCCUUCAAGAAGAACGCCUACCUCGGCACCCAGGACAAAUCAGAGCUCUGUCGAAAGCUCAACCUCUCCGACAAACAGAUCCGGAACUGGUUCCAGAACCGGCGCAUGAAGCUGAAGCGUACGGUGCAGGACGCCUUGGCCCAUGCCUGCCAGGCCCACGCCGUGGCCACCCAGUUCCUGCACUACCCGGACCUCCCCGGGUACCGGCCCGCACCCUACCCCCAGUUCACUGCCUCCCCGCCGCUGCAGGAGGUCCAGUCCUCCGUCGCCGCCCAGCGCCACCUCCACCCGUACGGCCACCCCUCCCCCGCCACCACCACCACCACCACCACCACCACGGGCCUGCCCAGGGACUCUGGGUUCUUCCACCACCAGUACCCCACCCUUCCAGCGGGGAUGGUGCUGCCAACCGCGGCGUCUGGGCAUCUGAUGGCAGGGUACCCGGGGGCGUACCCCACGCAGCAUUAUUAA